UAGUCUUGUCAUUUUUAUUCAUCAAGUUCAAACACAAUGGUUUCUCUCAAAGCUUUCUCAACUGUCUUUUUUCUUAUACUCGGUGUUAGCAUUUGCUACGCCACUAGCCGAAAUCUUUUGAACUACGGUGCUGGUCAUGCUGGUGGUGGCGGUGGAGGACAUGGUGGUGGUGGAGGUUCUGGAGGAGUUAGUGGGGGAGGUUAUGGAGGAGUGAGUGGUGGUGGCUAUGGGCGUGGUAGUGGAGAAGGAGGCGGUGGUGGAUAUGGAGGUGCCGAAGGGUAUGCUGGUGGUGGCGGUGCUGGUCAUGGGGGAGGCGGUGGUGGAGCUGCUUCUUCCGGUGGUUAUGCUAGUGGAGGAGGAGAAGGAGGUGGUGGUGGUUACGGUGGAGCGGCUGGUGGUUACGGUGGUCAUGCCGGUGGUGGUGGUGGAGGUAGCGGUGGUGGUGGUGGAGCUGCAUAUGGUGGUGAAGGAGGAGGUAGUGGUUAUGGAGCUGGUGCUGGUGAAGGAGCUGGUGGUGCAAUUGGUGGUCAUGUAGGUGGUGGAGGCGGUGGUAGCGGAGGCGGUGGAGGAUCAGCUUACGGUGGUUCAGGAGAGCAUGCUAGUGGUUAUGGAGACGGAGCUGGCGAAGGUGGUGGCGCCGGUGGAAGUGAGUAUGGAGGUGGAGCUUAUGGAGGCGGUGGUGGUCAUGGAGGUGGAGGUGGAUCAGCAGGAGGGGCUCAUGGUGGUGCUUAUGGAGGCGGUGAAGGAGGAGGAGCUGGUGGGGGAGGGUCUCACGGUAGUGCUGGAGGCUAUGGAGGUGGUGGCGGUGGAGGAAGUGGAGGAGGAGGAGCUUACGGUGGAGGAGGAGCACAUGGGGGUGGUUAUGGAGGUGGUGGGGGUGAAGGAGGUGGUUAUGGAGGAGGUGCAGCAGGAGGAUAUGGCGGUGGCGGUGGAGGAGGAGAAGGGGGAGGCGGUAGUUACGGUGGUGAACAUGGAGGUGGUUCAGGCGGAGGCCACGGUGGUGGUGGUGGUCACGGUGGUGGAGGCUAUGCCCCAUGAAGAAACCAAGUUAAGAUCAACCAAAGGAAGGCUGAGAAAUAAAUAUGAUUUGUGGAGGGGUAUACAAAUUAAAAUGCCUAUUUCAAAACAUUUUGUAUCCAUUAUUAUUAUUGAACGUUGUAUUGUAUUUCCUAAUAAUUUAAUAUUUUAUUGUCUUACAUCAUAAGUAAAAGCAUAAUUUAUAGAGCAA